CAUGUGGUGUACAAAUUGCAGAAGAUGUUCAAUUGCCAUAACAAAUUUGACCGGCGAAAUUAAAAUGAUUUUGUGCAACCCAUAUCUCCCGGCCAAUGAGUUGGUCUUUCACGGAACCAGUUCGGCUGCUCUUCCGCGGAUGGCUAGAAGAAGGCAUACCAUUGUUACAGUAUCGGCGAGUACUACAAAAACCAUGGCAGCUUCAAAGACGAAGAUAUCUGCCAACGAAGCUCGAAUUUCUCUCGUUCUCGCAUUAGCUUCUCAGGCUUCAUCUCUUUCCCAGCGAUUUGUGUUGGAACUGGCCACAGAAUCGGCAAAAUAUCUAUUUCCAAAGAGAUUCGGAGCUCAGAACUUAGAAGAAGCUUUGAUGUCAGUUCCUGAUCUUGAAACUGUCAAGUUUACUGUGCUGACCCGCGCUGAACAAUACGAAAUAAGAGAAAUGGAGUCAUAUUUCAUAGCAGAGACGGCAAUGCCAGGGAAGAACGGGUUUGAUUUCGAUGGCUCAUCGCGUUCUUUUAAUGCCUUGGCUGGGUAUAUUUUCGGCGAGAAUACAACCAACAACAAAAUGGAGAUGACUACGCCUGUAAUUACCCGAAAACCUCAAUCUGAUGGUGAAAAGAUGGCGAUGACAACACCAGUAAUAACAAAGUUGUCGGAAAACAAAGAUAAAUGGCAAAUGUCAUUUAUCCUGCCCUCCAAGUAUGGCGCGGAUUUGCCAAUACCGAAAGACCCUUCUGUUAGAAUCACAAAGGUGCCAAACAAAAUUGUUGCAGUAUCUGCCUUUUCAGGUUUUGUUACCGACGAAGACGUUAUUAAGCGUGAAUCAAAAUUACGUAAUGCUUUAAGGAGCAACACUGAAUUUCAAGUAAAAGAUGACGCAGUCGUGGAAGUUGCACAGUACAACCCGCCUUUCACUCUUCCUUUUGCACGACGGAACGAGAUUGCGCUGGAACUUGAAAGGAAGCAGGAAUAACUAGUCAACCAGCCCUGCAAAUUGAGAUUACAAUGCACACUGAAGCGAAAGUGAGAAAACUUCCUAUGCUAUUGAGAACCCUUGGGUCCAGUAAGGUAAUGGUGUAUAUAACUAUACGACUCCUCUUAUAAGAUAGAUUUGUACAGAACUGCAGAAAAUAUAUGUUUUCUUUUGCUAAUAAGUCUGUGUUUCUCAUGUACAAGUAUGCAAAAUAAAAUAACUGAUCAACACGAAUUUGAAAAGACAACGAUACAUUUCAUAUA